UCCCAAAACCCUCGAAAAAAUCGUUUUCUUCUUCCCUCUCACCAGCAGCUGCUUUGGCUUGUCAAAUCGCCCGGGAGAAAACUCUAGCAAUACAUCUCAUUCUCCAAUAUGAACUGCUCAAUUUCCGGCGAGGUGCCGGAGGAGCCAGUGGUCUCGAAGAAGUCCGGACUCCUUUACGAGAAGCGUUUAAUCGAGCGACACAUCUCUGAUUAUGGGAAGUGUCCGGUUACUGGGGAACCUCUAACAAUGGAUGACAUUGUUCCAAUUAAGACCGGAAAGAUAGUGAAGCCUCGACCUGUACAAGCAGCUAGUAUACCUGGAAUGCUGGGAAUGUUUCAGAUUGAAUGGGAUAGUUUGAUGCUGUCAAAUUUUGCUUUGGAGCAACAAUUACAUACAGCGAGGCAAGAGCUGAGUCAUGCUUUGUACCAGCAUGAUGCAGCCUGUCGUGUUAUUGCAAGGUUGAAAAAGGAAAGGGAUGAAGCAAGGGCAAUACUGGCUCAGGCUGAAAGACAAAUGCCUGCUGCAGCAGCACCAGUACCAGCAGCAGCAGCUAAUGCUGCUGCUUUAAGCAAUGGCAAAAGAGCUGCUGAGGAUGAUGAGAUUGGUCCUGAUGGGAAGAGGAUUCGACCAGGAAUCUCAGCCAAUAUCAUUUCAGAGCUCACAAACUGUAAUGCUGCACUUUCACAGCAAAGGAAAAAGAGACAGAUACCUCCAACGUUGGCUCCCAUUGAUGCUGUGGAGAGAUACACACAGCUCAAUAGUUAUCCACUUCACAAAACCAACAAACCUGGUAUAUUAUCUUUGGACGUGCAGUAUUCAAAGGAUAUAAUUGCAACCGGUGGAGUGGAUACAAAUGUCGUCGUUUUUGGUCGAUCUUCAGGAGAGAUUUUAUCUACACUGAGUGGUCAUUCGAGGAAGGUAACAAGUGUUAAAUUUGUUGCGGAUGGGGAACUGUUGCUUUCUGGAUCAGCUGAUAAGACUGUUCGAUUGUGGCAAGGAUCAGAAGAUGGCAACUAUGAAUGUAGGCACAUCAUGAAGGACCAUGAUGCAGAGGUGCAAGCAGUAACCGUUCAUGCAACCAAUAACUACUUCGUUACAGCUUCCCUUGACAACACGUGGUGCUUUUAUGAUCUUGCUUCUGGUCUAUGCCUCACUCAGGUUUCCAAUGGUUCAACAAAUGAUGGUUUCACGUCUGCAGCUUUUCAUCCUGAUGGUCUUAUCCUUGGAACUGGCACUUCCGAUGCUUGGGUUAAGAUUUGGGAUGUUAAAAGCCAGACAAAUGUUGCCAAUUUUGAUGAUCAUCGUCAUGGACCAGUUACUGGACCAGUUACAGCAAUGUCAUUUUCUGAGAAUGGUUACUUCCUAGCGACUGCUGCCCAUGAUGGUGUCAGAAUUUUUGAUCUGCGUAAACUGAAAAAUUUCAGAACUUUUUCCCCUUAUGAUGAAAAUACAUCGACACAAUGUGUGGAAUUUGACCAUACUGGAAGCUACCUCGCACUUGGUGGUGCAGAUAUAAGAGUGUUCCAAGUUGCCAAUGUGAAAGCGGAAUGGAAUUUGGUCAAAACAUUCCCAGACUUGUCAGGCACUGGUAAAGCAACAUGUGUGAAAUUUGGCCCAGAUGCUAAAUACUUGGCUGUUGGAUCAAUGGAUCGAAAUUUAAGAAUUUUUGGCCUGCCAGAGGAGGAUGGUCCUUCAGAGUCUUGAUCUCCAUCCCAAUGCAUUCAAUGCUCAAAUAUUUGUGUGAUUCUGUGCGGCUUCUUUAUUGAUUAUCCAGGGUGGCUGUAUCCAAUGGGGCUAUAGAGGCGGACAUUUGAACUAGUUCCUAACGGAGCAUAUAACCUCCUGGGUUUUGCCUCGGUUCACAGAAUCAGAGAGAAAUGAAGCGGACCAUCUUGAGAUUCUUGACAACCUGGUGUACUAAGCAGAGUCCACGAGUGUAAUGGAAUUCUAUUCAGCACUCAAUAGUCGGUAUUGAUUUUGUAGCAUUGUACCAUUACUAAGAUUAAUUUUUUUUCAGGAAAACAAGAAAGAGAGAAGAUAAUUUAGUGCUUGUGCUGUUAGUGGAGCGGAUGAGAUUUCAUCAAUCUGUUUUUCCAUUGCAAAUGUGCUGCAAUUCUUUAGCUUAUGUGAUUGUCCGGAGCUCUGUUGUGGAAACAUCACAAAUUUCUAACCGAAGAAUUUGGCAGCCGUCUCUUUUUCUUUUU